CAACAGCGGGGCGUGGAUCGAAGCAAACGCGCAACGCGCCCAGCAAGCGCCCGUACGGGAGAGAAGGGAAGGAUUUGAAGAGAGGCGGUGCGAGAGAAACCUCGGAUUGCACGCGAAGGAAUGCCUCCCAAACCCGGCAAGAAGCGAGGGAGAGAGUCUACCGCCGGAACAACGUCCGGCAGCAGUCCAGCAACAGCAGACAACCUUCCCUCCAACGCCGCCGCUGCCCCAGGCUCUGCGCCUGCCGCUUCUCGUCGCACGAGAUCGAACAGCGUUACCUCCCAGCAUGACGAUGAUGGCGAUGGCUCUCGGGCAACGAAACGGAGCAGGCGCGGAGGCCCUGGCGGGACGGAUUCCAACGACGACGAUGUUGAUAUGGAUGAUGGGGAGGAGGAGGAAGGGCCAGCGGGGCCGCCGGUCGCCAACGGCGGACAGGCGGCGGCGGCCGCUGCUGCCGGCGCCACGAAAAAGGGGAACCGGCGCAAGAGCGCCAGCGCUGCUGCAGAGAAUGGCGAGCCCAGCGCCGCCGGCCAACCCGCCGCCAAGCGAGGCCGUAAGAGCACGUCGUCGGUAGCGUCAGCGGCGCCCGCGGCGCCUGGAGCGGGGGCUCCUCCUAUCGCUAACGGGUGGGUGGCCCCGGUCGCGACAGCAGGAGCGGCCGAGGGGGGUAGGCCGCCCCUCCCGGCCUCACGAACGCCGUCGGCGGGAGCGGCGCUAGUAGGCGGGCGGGGAGCCGGAGGGCGAGGGUCUGGUGCCGCCGUUGCUACUGCCGGUGCCGGUGGAACACCGUCGGCAGGAGAGAGCGGGAGGGCCGCCGCCGCUUCCGCCGGCCGCAGCAACGGCGGCGGCGGCGGCCGUGUGGCGGGGCCGGCCACUGUCGCCGCCGUGGCUGCGGAACAGGCGAGGUUGCAGACGCAGGCGGCGGCGAUGGCGGAAGCCGCCGUCCAGGCGCGCGCGCGGGCGCAGCAGCGGCAGCGGCAGCAGCAGGCCUCUCCGGCGGCGGCGGGCCCCGCAGCGCCUUCCCCCGUGCCCGCUGCCCGACUGCGGCGCGUGACGGGACCCGGGGCGAGCAACGACGACGACGAUAGCAAUGGUAGCGACGGUGGUGGUGGUGGUCGCGGUGGUACUGGAGAGGGGAGUGGCGCGGGGGCGGAGGUGGGGAUCGUCGGCCGGAGGUGGCGGUCCGCGGUUGCGAGGGGAAAGGGCGCGUGGGCGGUGGCUAGUCGCAAGGCUAUGCCGAACGGCGGCGGCCCCUCCGUCAGGUUCAUUGCGGGCAGCAGGGAGGUGCUCCCCGUGGUCCAGAGGGCAACACUCAAGUGCCUCAUUUUCCUCGUCUUGCUGCUGGGAGCGCGCAUGAUCUGGACAGCCACGCUGCGGGUAAGAUAG